AUGAUGCUUGUGCACGAGGGCCUCUCUAGAGAAGUCAGCAAGUGCCUCGAAGAAUACCGUGCCGCCCAGAGCAGUGAUCCCAACAGCGAUGACGAGCUCCUCCAGAAACAUAUCAAGAGGAAGCGGCGAAGAAAACAGCUCAUCAGCCAGGGUCUCAAUCCAGACGACUACGAGACUUCCUCCACAGAAACUUCGCUUUCCACCGAAUCAGAAGAGCCUUUCACUUCAAGCGAAGCAGAUACUGACGAAGCUAUCGAAAUAUGGAAGAAAGUGUUGGAGGAAAAGUUCGCAGCCUCUUCUGGCAAAAAGGAGGCCCGCAAAAUUGAUGCCAAGCACAAAAAGAAGCUUGGUCUAAGCCCCGCUCCUUCGGACAUUCCUAAUGAACUACUCAAUAACUCCCCAAAGAAAAAAGUUGCCAGUCCUGAGAAAUCGACAGGCGAACUUUUCAAGAAUAUCGUGGAGAAGAGCAAGCUCAACAAGAGCACGCCCACCAAGGACAAUGGCAAAUGCAAGGACAAAGCGGCGCGUCCGGUUGCCGCUGCUAAUAGUAAUGGGAACACGACGCCCAAGAAGGAAAGUGCCAAAAGUGAGACACAUGAGCAUCACACUUGUAUGUCUGACCACGAGGACGGCGAGCACGGGCACGAUCAUUUCAGCGAGCAUCACCCAUGCCACUGUGUUCAUUGUGAGUUGCUCGGGAAUACGCCGAAUCAGAGAGGAAACUUCAGAGAUGAGCAAGCAAGGGCCAGACUCAGGAAAAAGCUCGAAAAGAGAAAACAGGCAUCCGGGCAGUGUGUAGAGCCAAAAUGCGAGAAGAUUUGUUCGAACCCAAAUAAUGCGUCAUCGAGACAGCAAGGGGAUGAAUCGUCAUCACCGACGUUGAGCUCGAGAUCGACCGUAAGCAGCCAGAAAGAUAGUCGGACUGGGACGCCACAGGCAAAGACUGCGAAGAGAAUGCCUUUCAGCUUCAGCACGGCCAUGGAUUUGCGGCCAGUUCGUAGUUCCACAUCGUCCAAAAAUAUCGAAACAUGCGAUGGCGACUAUGACGGCAAACGCGAAUGGAUAGAUUGCGCUUAUGAAGAUAUUCUAAACAUGUGUCAAGAGAAAAAGCUGAAAAACACUCCGACAAAUGCCUCCCUCAACUCAGUCCAGAGUUGGCUGCGUACGGCGAUCAAAGAUCGUCUCGACGCGCAGAAAGAUGCGAAAGACAAAAUGCCUGUGCACCAGAUUAUCGCAGAAGAAGUUAUUGCUGCAGAGGAAGCUGAGAAAAAAGCGGAAGAGGCAAAAAGAUUGAAGAAAAAGAAGAAGAAACAAGCAGCAAAGCAGCGCAAAGAAGAACUGAAGAAGCAGGAAGAGGCGAAAUUGGAAGCGGAACGAAGAGCGAAGCAAAAGAUCGAAGAAGAAGAGGCCGAGCGCCGGGCACAAGAGAAGCGAGAGGAAGAAGAGAUGGAAAAUGUCUUCACUCCGGUCGACAACAUCGAGGGGCUGGACCCCGAUGAUAGAGAUGUCGAGAGCUUCAAGAAAUUCUGCCUAGAAUUCGUCCCAAAGUUCCCACGACUCAAGAUUCCUCUUCAAAGUCUCAACCUCCCACCACUUGUCGUCCCACAAUAG